GCCCUUUAAACGCGUUUACUGUACCGCACACACUGUCAGGAACUUGGGGAGCGCAGGCAGUCCACAGUCUGGUUGUGAAAACCGUAGAGGACAAGCAGGCAUGAAUACUUCAAAAGCAAAGACCAUUGCUGUGAUCGGGAGUGGGCUGAUUGGGCGAUCCUGGGCCAUGGUGUUUGUGAGUGGAGGAUACAGAGUGAAGAUUUAUGACAACCAGCCUGGGCAGGCCACCUGCGCCGUCGAAGAGAUCAGGACGCAGCUGAGGGAGCUGCAGCAGUCGGGCAUGCUGAGGGGCGCCCUGAGUGCCGAGGACCAGCUCGCACUGCUCAGCAGCCACCAGGACCUCAAACAGACACUAGAGGGCGCCUUCUUCAUUCAGGAGUGCGUCUUUGAGGACCUGGAGGCCAAGCGCGGUGUGUUCCAGGCUUUGGAGACCUGCGCCGAGGGCAGCGUGGUUUUCAGCAGCUCGACGUCCUGCCUCCAGCCCAGCGACGUCUUCUCUCGCGUCCAGCGCAAGUCGCGGUGCAUCGUGUCUCACCCCGUCAACCCGCCCUACUACGUGCGCCUGGUGGAGCUGGUCCCUCACCCCGAGACCGACCCCUCGGUGAUGGAGACCACCUUCGCCCUGAUGAGGGAGGUGGGCCAGGCGCCCGUGCGGCUGAGGAGGGAGAUCGACGGCUUCGCGCUCAACCGCAUCCAGUACGCCAUCAUCGCGGAGGCCUGGCGGCUGCUCGAGGAUGGAGUCAUGUCCGUCCAGGACAUUGACCUGGUGAUGUCAGAAGGGCUUGGCAUGCGCUAUGCUUUCAUCGGACCCAUGGAGACCAUGCACCUCAAUGCGCAAGGUCUUGAGGACUAUCUGAAGCGCUACAGGGAUGGCAUGAAGAGGGUCCUGACGUCUUUUGGGCCGGUGCCGGAUUUCUCAGGCGAGGAGGCGAAGAAGAUUAAUCAGGAGAUGUGCGAGUUGAUCCCCUGUGACGCCCAGCACUUGAACGCUCGGAGAGAGAGGAGGGAUCGCUGCCUACUGGGCCUGGCGCAGCUGAAGAGGAACAUGGACCCCUAGGAGACACACACCUCACUGCCCUUCCCCUCCUGCAGCCUGACUGACUGGUUGUAACAGUUGCUUUGCACAAUGAUUGCUGAUAUUUGGAUAAGCUUGAAUUCUGUUCUUAUCUCAUUUGAUUUAAUUCAAUGCCUUUGUUUUCAAAUACAUUAACAGACAAGCGGAAUAAAAAAUUGGGAUGACAUUUUUUAAGGGUGGUGAUGUUUGGGGUUUUGUCUUCUUAAAGGAACACAUCAAGUCAGCUCCUUAUUUCAUGAUUUCCUGAAUCUUAAAGCAGGAAAGACCAGAGUAAAUUCACGGGUUUGGUUUUCUGCUUGGAAUAAAUUCCUGGAUUUCAAGAAAAUCAGGAUCUUAAUGGAUGUUUUUGUGGUUUUGGCAAUCCACCUGUUUUGUGUAAGGACUUCUCAAAAAGGAAGAGGAUUGUAACUAAACAAGCUACUGUCAAGCUACUAAACCUGAUUUAAAACCCUUUA